AUGACAAAAACACAACAAAAUCACGAAUCGAUGGAAAGAGUCUGCGCACAACAGAGCAGCCAAUCGCAGCGCACAGCACACGAAGCCAAGCGCUACGCCAGCGCUGAUUGGCUGUCGCCGCCCGUAUUGGCUGUGUAUUCGCUGCCCAUUGGAUGCCAACACUUGUUUGUGCUCUUCUUGCGAACCACUCGUGAGACCAGUUGUGGUGAUCAUAGUCUCAACGCGUGUCCACUCAAGUGUCAGCCAAUGGGAGCGGAAGCGAGUCUUUUCAAGAAGUUGGCCAUCGAUUCGGAAGUGGAGUACAAAUGCAAAGACUAUUCACUUCUGAACGCAAAACACGAUUCCAACAAAUUCUCGGUCUUUCUCUUCAAUGACAACAACUUCUCGUUUGAUAUUGCGAACUGGAAGACGAUUCGCCACCCGUUUAUCGUCAAGUACUACGACUGCGGCCUCUUUCGGGGCCGUAAGUGUGUGGUCACCGAAUGGGUCACUCCUAUCACACCACUGGUCGACCGCAUGAACAAAGAGAUGAUCGCCAGCGGUGUCCACAAUAUCAUCAACAGUUUGGCGUUCAUUCACAGCACGUGUCGAUUGUCUGUCAAUAAUCUCAAUUUGGACUCAAUAUUCGUGAGCCGUUCGGAGAGGACUGAGUCCUGGAAAUUGGGUUCACUUUUGUGUCUCAGUUCCACCCAAUCGGAGGACAGAGACUUCUGUCAACGGCUGUGGAGUUAUCACCACUUCUUGGGAACGACCGACACAUUGCCCGCCGAAGACAUUGCGUCGGAACCGCAAAUCCAAUGCAUCAAAAGUGAGGACCAAAUACAUCGGAGGGAUGCCUACGCUUUGGGACUACUAUUGCAUCGACUGCUACCAGAGCUGCCGUCCUCGCAGACCAUUGAGUGUAUGGGAAGUAAUAGUCCGGAGAAGAGACCGAAUAUGAGACGCGUUUUGGACGAGGAUUUGUUUGUGAACUCAGAGUUCGUUAAAAUGAAGUCAUUUCUCACGUGUUUUGUAUCCUUUACUGAGAGCCAGAAGAAUGAAUUCUUCACUGAUUUUGUCGACAGAAUGAGACAAUUGUCGGAUGAGUUAACCUUCAGCUUAAUCUCACUUAUAGUCAAUUCUCGUCUAAUUAUGUCCAACACUGCAGUUCACGACCAGUUGUUGCCAUUUAUGUUGAUUCCGGCCAACGAUUCCGACGAAGAGAUGCAAUACGUGUUGACUUGUGGUGAGACCAUUACUUUGAGGCCAUUAAUGAAUAAAAAGGUUUUCAAGACACGAAUGAUUCCUCUCAUAUGUAAACUCUAUUGUAUCAGAGAUUUGAGAAUUCUUUUACCCCAAAUACUGAUUGCUAUGAAGGACUCCAACGACGAGUUGGUUUCCCUUACAUUCAAAGCCAUUUCGCACUUAAUAACCAUUUUUGGAGCAAAUGUUGUUUUGGGUCCAAGACUUAAGCUCUUCACUAAUGGUAUUCCUAAACAUAAUUACGCUAACAAUGAAGGCUCGGAAGUGGAAUCGCUGGUCGGUUCCGAUACUCCCGAGUCAUUAAUUGUUGAUAAAAGUGAUGUCAAAAUUAUUGCUCAAAAUGGUUGGUCAGAGACCGACGGCUUGAGUGAGAGUAACGGGAAGACAAGUAUUAGUGUCGAGACAUUGGAGACACAGUCUGACAACAAGACUGAUAUGAAUAAAGAAGUGGAAAAGCAAUCAAAUGGAGUGAAAGUGAAAACGAUUGCCAAAAAGGAUAUUCCUUUAAUUCGAAACGAUUUCGAUAUAAAGGAAUUGGAUUUUAAGGUCGAAAACAAUGAAAUCGAUGAUUUGUUUUCAGAUAUGGAACCGGUUUUUAAAUUCGGGAAAAAGCAUUUAAUUGCUGAUCAGUUGAUGGGUUUAACGGGCAAUAAAAGUACUUCCGGUUUAUUCGCAGCCAAUGAAGAGUUGAGUGGAGAGAUGGGUUGGACUGACGAGGGAUGGGAUAAUGAUUGGGAUAAAGAGGAUAAAUGA